AUGGAGCCCGUCACCAAACGUCUUCAUGUCUCUGGCUUGACUCCAGCAAUCACCCAGGAUGAUAUUUCACGGCGUCUGUCGGGUUUUGGGACGGUAAAGUCUCUAGAUGGCUUUGGAAAAGUGGAUGGAGUCGGUAUGCCAAGGAAAUUCGGGUAUGUGACGCUCGAGAGCACAAAAGGACAACUUGCGAAAUGUUUGAAUGUCCUGAGCGGGUCUACAUGGAAAGGCACUAAACUUCGUAUUGGAGAGGCAAAGCCCGACUAUCAUGAAAGGUUAGAGGCUGAAAGGUCUGAAAGUUCAGGACCUCCAAAGAAAAAGCGCAAGAGUGCUCAAGGUGUUCAUGCGCCAGACAUGUCCCUGGUCACUCCUGAAAACGCAAGUGAACGAGGAGGUUGGCGGGUUACUCAGAUGGGCAGGAUAGUUCGACCAGCUAGAAUGAGACCCGAACGACCACUGGCACCUCAAAUGUCUACGCCAAGUGUAUCAAAGAAAGGUGGACUGAAAAAAAAGCCGCGGAUAAAAGCAGCACUGGUCAGAUCGAGACGGCGGACAAUUGAUCCUACGAAGUGGGAUUCUGUUCAUCUGAAGGGCAUGUUCUUGGACGCGGAGGGAGUGAUCUCACAAAAGAAAGAGAUUAAGGAAGAUGUUGAUAACACUGGCAAACACGCAAACGACACCUCAUCAGAUGACGAUACCGACAGUGAAAUGAGCAGUGUACACGAGGAACAGGAAAGUAGCACUAAUGACGCCUAUGCAGUCCUGAAAAACCCUCACACGGAACCACCUACUUCUCUCAACGUCUCCAUGGACGUUGAUAUCAAAGUCUUACGAAGCCAAAAGGAGCCAUUCGUAGCGCUAGUUGAGGAGCCUCUCAUUGAUACUCAUGUUUCUCCGGGACCGGAACGUCCCACACGGGUGACGAAAUUGAAAGACCUUUUUGCCCCUCGAGAAGAAGAGGCUGGAUUUUCGCUACUUGGACACUUGGACAUAGAUCUCGAGCUAGACGAUGAGUUUGCGGUACCGGUUUAUUCACAGUCGCAACUAGCAUCCGUGGUAGAAGCCGCACCACGUACGGCAGUCGUCGACCUUCCCGUUCCUGCAUCUGACUCGGGGCAAUUCAAGUUCGACCCUAAUCAGCCCUUUUUCUUUCCUCUAUCGUCAGACCUUCGAGACAAUCUGCGGCCGAAAGAUAAAGGGCGAGUCAAGGACCUUCUUGAUGUAGCAAAGGAUAAAGGAUGGAAUUGGCGUGAUGCAGGGUUUUACAGGACUCAGACAGAAGAUGAAAUCCGUAAACGAUGGGAAAAGAACAAGGCGGAGUUGACGAGAGACUGGAAGAAGCGGCAUAGAGAGGCAGGGAAGAUGAGGCGACGAAGGGGAGGUGUUGAUGGGGAAUAAUAGUUACUGCGGCGCAGAGGGAUGUACCGUGACUAUACACGAUUACCUUACCUACGUUAGGAUGUCAUGCAUAUCAUAUCAUGGGCGCACUGCCAUGCAUUCU